AUGUUGCUGAACCUCAAGUGUCAAAGGUUUUAUCUGUGCCGCUGCCGAAACCACAACCUGUUGGUGUUCUUUACACUUAUGACUGCCAUGGCUAUUAUUGAGGAAGAGCUUGGAGCUCCUAUAGCUGGCAUAUUUGAUCAGUUUGACUAUGAGCCAAUAGCUGCUGCAAGUCUUGGUCAGGUUCAUCGUGCAAAAUUAAGGGGGCAGGAAGUUGUUAUCAAGGUUCGAAGACCUGGUCUCAAGGGUCUUUUUGAUAUUGAUCUUAAAAACCUAAGGGUUAUUGCUGAGUAUCUUCAAAAAAAUUGA